GGCGUCGCCGGAGUCAUAUCCAUCACAAGACGGGAGCACGCAAAGUUGCUUGAGAGAGAGGGAGAGAGAGAGCGUGGGGAAGGAAUCUUGGUCACUGGUUUCAUGGCUUCGGCGGCCCUUUCCAUGGCUGCUGCGUCACUCUCCUCCUCCCCAAGCCCCAGGCUUCUCGACGAGGCUCCUUCUGGGAGCUGUCGCGCCAAUAGCCGCCUGACCCUCCACCCUCCCGCUAGCUGCAGCGCCCUUCUGAAAGCUCGCGCGGCCGGUGGUGGGAGGUGGUUGACAAAAGUUGGUGGUUUUCAUGCCACUAAAAGAUGUGGCUCAUGGAGGCAAUACAGUCACAUUGUUGAUCAGCCUAAGGUUGCAUGUUUAUUGGAGAAGCACAACCACAUCACUUGCUUUCGGGGUCGGAGACCACAUUGGCCAUAUGCUAAAGAAAAGCUGUCGAGAAGAACUUUGUUAGAGGGAGUAAGAUUAAGUAACAAAUCAUCAUUUCCACUUGGAAAGUUGUCUGCUCGUCCCAAGCCGGUGAAAUCAUCUGGUGUUCAAUGUGGGGCAGUUGGUCCAGAUGAGCCACAUGUGGCGUCCACGUCCUGGGCUGAGGAUGCUGUCUUGGAGAAGCAGGGCCUGGGUUACUGGGAACCUCAAAUGAGUUCUGCAGAGUUGGAAGGCUUUUUAAAUUCGCAGCUUCCUUGUCAUCCCAAACUAUAUCGUGGACAGUUGAAAAAUGGACUACGGUAUCUUAUUCUACCUAACAAAGUUCCUGCAAACAGAUUUGAGGCCCACAUGGAAGUUCAUGUAGGAUCAAUUGAUGAGGAAGAAGAUGAACAAGGAAUUGCGCAUAUGAUUGAACAUGUUGCAUUUCUUGGAAGCAAGAAACGUGAGAAACUCCUCGGUACUGGAGCACGCUCCAAUGCUUAUACAGAUUUCCACCACACAGUUUUCCAUAUUCAUUCACCUACUUCUACAAAGGACUCAGAGGGGGAUCUGCUUCCCUUUGUACUUGAUGCUCUGAAUGAGAUAGCUUUCCACCCAAAGUUUCUUUCAUCCCGAGUGGAAAAAGAAAGACGGGCUAUUUUAUCUGAAUUACAAAUGAUGAACACGAUCGAAUAUCGUGUUGAUUGCCAGCUAUUGCAGCACUUGCAUUCAGAGAACAAACUUAGUAAAAGGUUCCCUAUUGGGUUGGAGGAGCAGAUCAAAAAGUGGGAUGUAGAAAAGAUCAGGUCAUUUCAUGAACGCUGGUACUUUCCUGCAAAUGCGACUUUGUAUAUAGUGGGGGAUAUUGAUAGUGUAUCAAAGACAAUAUAUCAAAUUGAAGCUGUAUUUGGUCGAACAACAGCAGAAAAUGAAUCACCUGCUCCACCUGCUCCGAGCGCUUUUGGUGCAAUGGCUAGUUUUCUUGUCCCUAAACUUCCUGGUGGUCUGGUUGGCAGUUUAUCUAAUGAAAGGCCAUCUCCCUCUCUUGACCAAGCUAAACAUGAAAGAAGGGCAAGACAUGUCACUCGGCCUCCUGUUGAGCAUAAUUGGUCACUUCCUGGAAGUUGCCAAAGUGUCCAGCCUCCACAGAUAUUCCAACAUGAGUUGCUUCAAAAUUUCUCGAUUAAUAUAUUCUGUAAGAUUCCUGUGAAUAAAGUUCGUACUUAUGGAGACCUGCGAAAUGUUCUGAUGAAAAGAAUUUUCCUUUCGGCUUUGCACUUUCGGAUUAACACAAGAUACAAGAGCUCAAAUCCUCCUUUUACUUCAAUUGAGUUGGAUCAUAGUGAUUCGGGAAGGGAAGGAUGCACCGUCACCACUCUUACUGUAACUGCAGAGCCUAGAAACUGGCGAAGUGCAGUUAAAGUUGCCGUUCAGGAGGUUAGAAGGCUCAAGGUAUUUGGUGUUACAAAGGGAGAGUUGGCUCGUUAUAUGGAUGCACUCCUAAAAGACAGUGAACAGCUGGCAGCAAUGAUUGACAAUGUGCCUUCUGUUGACAAUCUUGACUUCAUAAUGGAGAGUGAUGCACUUGGUCAUACUGUUAUGGAUCAAAGACAGGGACAUGAAUCGCUAGUGUCAGUUGCGGAAACUGUUACGCUAGAGGAGGUUAAUGCAGUGGGUGCUACUGUUCUGGAGUACAUCUCUGACUUUGGGAGUUAUACUGCACCACCACCAGCAGCAAUAGUUGCUUGUGUUCCAAAGAGUGUGCAUGUUGAUGGCGUGGGUGAGAUGGAAUUCAGGAUUGAUCCAGCUGAAAUCACUGAAGCUAUAAAUGCUGGGCUAAAGGAACCAAUAGAAGCUGAACCUGAGCUUGAUGUGCCAAAGGAGUUGAUAUCAUCAGCACAACUUGAAGAAUUGCUGAUGCUGCAGAAGCCAUCAUUUUCCCAUCUAAGUCCAAAAUUGAGUUCCCCGAUACUGUUUGAUGCUGAAACUGGCAUUACACAACUUCAACUUUCAAAUGGAAUCCCUGUAAACUACAAGAUAACACAAAAUGAAGCCAAGGGAGGUGUAAUGCGGCUGAUAGUUGGUGGAGGAAGGGCAAAUGAAACUCCUGAUUCACGUGGAUCUGUCAUAGUUGGUGUCCGCACUCUGAGUGAGGGUGGCAGAGUUGGCAAUUUCUCAAGGGAGCAGGUAGAGCUUUUUUGUGUCAAUCAUCUAAUUAAUUGCUCCUUGGAGUCGACUGAGGAGUUUAUUUGCAUGGAAUUCAGAUUUACUCUAAGAGAUGGUGGUAUGCGUGCAGCUUUCCAGCUGCUUCAUAUGGUGCUUGAGCAUAAUGUGUGGCUGGAGGAUGCAUUUGAUAGAGCAAGGCAGCUUUAUUUAUCCUAUUAUCGUGCCAUUCCAAAAAGCUUAGAGCGAGCAACGGCCCACAAGCUAAUGAUGGCAAUGUUAGAUGGUGAUGAGCGAUUUGUUGAGCCUACACCACAAUCACUGCAGAAGUUGACACUGCCAUUGGUUAGAGAUGCAGUGAUGGAUCAAUUUGUAGGUGAUAAUAUGGAGGUGAGCAUCGUCGGGGACUUCACCAAAGAUGAGGUUGAGUCUUGCAUUCUUGACUAUCUAGGCACUGUGAGGCCUAAGAAAUCUAUUGUAGAAACUGAUGGGAGCAACAAAAUCUUUUUCCGCACAUCACCAUCAGAUCUGCAAUCUCAACAGGUUUUCUUGAAGGACACUGAUGAGAGAGCAUGUGCAUACUUAGCAGGUCCAGCACCCAAUCGCUGGGGGUUGACAAAUGAUGGGCGAGAUCUUUUCCAGUCCAUGGAUAACUUGUAUGUUUCAAAUGUCAUUACUUCCGCAGAUGAACAAAAUCUGGAAGAGGCACUUAACUUGCCAAAUAAAGAUGGGGAAAAAUCACUGACUUGCAAGAUACAGCAUCAUCCUCUUUUCUUUGGCAUCACAAUGGGCCUGCUAGCAGAGAUAAUAAAUUCCAGGCUCUUUACGACCGUUAGAGAUUCUUUGGGCUUGACCUAUGAUGUUUCUUUUGAAGUGAGCCUCUUUGACAGGCUGAAUCUUGGGUGGUAUGUCGUUUCUGUGACAUCUACUCCAGGCAAGGUUUAUAAGGCUGUGGAUGCCUGCAAGAAUGUUCUUAGAGGAUUGAAUAGCAAUAAGAUAACUCAGCGCGAACUCGACAGGGCAAAGAGGACUCUUCUAAUGAAACAUGAAGCCGAAACUAAAUCAAAUGCUUACUGGCUUGGACUUCUAGCACAUUUGCAAGCUUCCUCAGUUCCAAGAAAGGACAUAUCAUGCAUCAGAGACCUGCCUUGGCUCUAUGAAGCAGCAACAAUAGAGGAUGUAUAUGUAGCAUACAACCAAUUGAAGAUUGAUGAAGAUUCAUUGUAUUCGUGCAUAGGAAUUGCUGGGAUGCCACCAGGAGAAGAUUCUGUGCCUCUAGAAGUUGACGAAUCAGAAAUCCACCAUCCUGGAGUUGCUCCAUCUGGUCGUGGACUGUCUACCAUGACAAGGCCAACCACGUGAUUAUUUCAUGGAAUGACCGAACCACUUGCUGUCCUUUUGAUGGAUGAAUGUAUCAGGAACCUGAGGCAACGUCCAUGGUUCAUAGUCUUUUGGAUGCUUGAUCAAUGGACUAUGCCCUGUCUCACUUUUUCAGUAGACCAAAAGCAUGUCAAAUAUUAUAUCAGUUGAUAUAACACCAUUAAGAUUUGGCUCUGGUGAUGGUCAUAUUCAUUUUAUUAUGCACCAAGGGCCGGAUUUGUGUCAGAGAGCGAUGCAUGUGGCUGCAGUUAUAUUGAGAAUCGGAGUACAUCUGGAAUUACUGCGAUGAGCUUGCCUCAGUGUAUUUUUUCUUCUACUCAAUGGAAUAAAUGUAUACCAAGAAAAACAUGAUUUUUGUAUUCAAUGCCAUAUUUCUUGUUUGAAUAAAUCAUAUAUCUUUUCCUUA